GGAAACUUGGGCCAGGGGCACCUUUCGCAACCCCCGGGUCAAGCUUCUCGUGACGUCGGAUCUCAGGGUGCCUCCCGCUGGGCGCCGCAGGUUCGGACGAUCAACCGGCUGCCGUCGAAGAAGCUGAAGAACGCGCAGGGCGAGAAGAUCGACGAGACCAAGUUUGCGGAGGCCUCCGAGCAGGCCAUCGCCGCCCAGUUCACGUACCAGACGGACGUGCACUUCAGAAUAUUCCCGAACAGGGUGCCCAGGCCGCAGGAUUUCACUCCCGCGCAGAUCAGCCCUCAGGGCACCUCGCUCCUGUACUUCCACUGCGAUGUGGAGGAGUCCCCCAGCUACAGGGGCAUCCACACCAUGUACCACCUGUACUGCAUGGAGAUGGUCGUGGACGGGCUGGAGGUGGCCGACUUCACCAGCGUCGACUUCACCCGCAAGAGCGGGCCGAUGGCCAACGGGUGGCGGUGGGUGACGUGGACGCAGAUCCUAGACAUCCUGCAUGCGCGCACGCAGAUGCUCGAGCGGAAGGAGGCCGCGCGGUCCAAGGCCGCGCGGGAGCAGAGCCAGCGGGCCGAGGCCACCACCGGCGCCCUCUCCAGGCUGUCCCUUGCCGUCGGCCGCAUGGCCACGGAGGGGCCCGGCGACGGCUCCGCCGCCGAGGAGGCCAGGCGGCUCAUCAGCGAGCUCCAGGAGGACUUGGGGACCUUGCAGAUGGCCUCCGACGACGAGGACGAGGAGUAUAACAGUGCCGACCUCCUGCCCCCGAACAUGGUGUCGAAGAUGGCUUCGGAGCAGAUAACCGCCGAGG